AAUUCGAUCAGUCGUUGUUUUAAACUGGAGACAGACGAACGCGGUCGUCGCAGCAAAAGAAAAUAACUUAACGCACUUGCACACAAGCGCACACAGACACACAUGUACACACGUACACUCCCCAUUUAGUCGAAAACUAGAAAGAAAACAAAAACAACAGUUAAAUAAAAAUAUAAAGAGACACGCACACAUACUACUACACAUAUGUACGCUUAAUGUGGCGGUUGGUAGUAGAAGAAGCAGCAGCAGCAGCAGCAACAGGCAGCAAAGAAGGCAAAAAGUGACUUGUUUUCUGUUUGCAUGUGUAUGCGCCGACGUUGACGCUGACGUCGGCGUCACCGUUCGUUCGUAUGUUCGAUCGUCGUUGAUAUGUACGUGUUGGUUUAGAUCGCGUCGUCGUGCAAAAGGUAAACGAACAAACUAACUAAGUACUAGUCAGUGUGACUAGCAAAAGAAGCCCAGAAGCUUACAAAUAAUACAUACAGGCGCCUUUUCUACAUACACAUGCUUGCGUGUAAUUGUAUGCGUGUGUACUUUAAUAUGCUUGUAUGUGUGAGCUGCAAAAUGUGUUAAACAACCAGAAAAGAAAGUGCAAUAAAAAAAUUGUGAAAAGCAGGCACAGCCACAACGACAACCAACCACAACAACAACAACAACAACAACAACAAAGUGCAAUGUGUUUAAUGUGCUGAGAUCAAACGAAAGAAACAGUUAAGCACAGGCAAGAGAGCAAGGAAAGAAACAAAAAAGAAGAAUAGAGAGAUAAGCAACAACCUGUUGCAGAAGAAUCUAAAUAACUGUGAAAAAGUUUAAAGAGUUGGCGUCAUUGUUGUAUGGCACAACCAGUCGCUAAACUCGCUCAAAAUGCUGGUCAUCAGUUAACAAUUAACAACAAGAACAACAAAUAAAUUCGGUUAAUACAAAAGACACACACACACACACACAAAUUUAUAGACAGACAGACUCACUUGCUGCAGUUGCCCCAGAGAGUGCCAAAGUGCAAGUCUAAGUCAAAAUGCAGGUACCCGAACAUGUCGUAUCGCUUUACAUAGCAACCUGUGGGCAGAAUGGACCCGGUCUGGGCUCCGACGAGAAGGAAAUCAUACUGCUUGUGUAUGUGCUGCUCGAGGUGACAACGGGACAGAUCGUUGGCACCAAACAAAUACUCGUGCGCCCCGAUGGCUAUUUCAUCAAGGAUCGCACCAUAUCCAGCUCAUCGGACAACUCAAAUGUCACCAGCAAUGCCGCCUGCUCACCCCCACUGGCAAUUGGCGAUGCCAGCAACAACAACAAUAACAACAACAACAUCACAACUGCAGCCAAUGGUGCGAGCAACGGCAUCAGCUUGGAGAACAGCAACGAACUCAUUUUGCCCAUUGCCGAGGCUCAGGCGCAGGGCAAACCGCUCAAUGAGGCCAUCGAGGAGUUCGAUGCCUAUCUGCGUUCGCUGUCGCUGCAUGAUGCAGAGAUUAAGCUGAUUACCGAUGGUCAGCUGCCGUUGCGUCAGUGUCUGCAUCGCGAGGCCUGCGCCAAGGAUAUUGAGCUGCCCGCCUAUUAUCAUCAGUUCAGCGAUUUGCGCAAGGAGUUCCAGCGCUACAAGUCGGGCGAUCUCUCGCGCGCGCUCGUCCCGCUCAAGGAUAUCAAAAAGAUGCUGCAAUCGCCCACGCUGCCCAUGCCGCAGUCCAUUGGGGAAAUGCUCAAAGAGCUCAAUACAACGUCUGUGGAGGACAAUGACUUUUACAUACGUGAAUCUCGCGAUAUGGUCACUGUGAUUCAAACAUUGCUGCAAGCGGGUCAUAAGUUUGAUACUAAUGAGCUCGUCAAUUUGGUUCUGGAACCUGGUAUUUGCUCAAUCGACGACGAGGUGGACGGCAAUUGCAUUGUGCGCGCUCGCGGUUUGCCCUGGCAGAGCAGUGACCAGGAUAUAGCCAAAUUCUUUCGCGGCCUCAACGUAGCCAAAGGCGGCGUUGCAUUGUGCUUGUCGCCGCUGGGUCGGCGCAACGGUGAGGCUCUGAUACGCUUUGUGUCCCAGGAGCAUCGCGACAUGGCGCUGAAACGCCACAAGCAUCACAUUGGCUCGCGCUACAUCGAAGUGUAUCGCGCAUCGGGCGAGGACUUCUUGGCCAUUGCCGGCGGCGCCUCCAACGAAGCGCAGGCCUUUCUCUCCAAGGGCGCUCAGGUGAUCAUUCGCAUGCGUGGCCUGCCCUACGACUGCAGCGCCAAGCAAGUGCUUGACUUCUUCACCACUGGCGAUGCACCCUGCCAUGUGCUGGACGGCAACGAGGGCGUGCUGUUCGUCAAGAAGCCCGACGGACGCGCCACUGGCGACGCCUUUGUGCUGUUCGCCAAUGAGAGCGACUCCUCGAAGGCGCUGGGACGGCAUCGCGAGUCGAUUGGCCAGCGCUACAUUGAGCUGUUCAGAUCGACCACAGCGGAGGUGCAGCAGGUGCUGAACCGCUCGAUGGACCCCAAGACCUACGAGUCGAACAAUCACAGUCAGCCCCCCUUGAUUGCCCAGUUGCCCACCAUGCAGUUGCCGCUGCUGCCGCAGGUGGGUGCCGCUGCUGCCGCUGCCGCUGGCCACGCUAACCUGUGCAACACCCUUACCCAUGCCCCACAGCAUCUCAUCACCUCGGGCACCACCAAGAACUGCAUCCGACUGCGCGGCCUGCCCUACGAGGCGAUGGUGGAGCACAUUCUGCACUUCCUGGACGACUUUGCCAAGCACAUAAUCUUCCAAGGGGUGCACAUGGUCAUCAAUGCGCAGGGCCAGCCCAGCGGCGAGGCUUUCAUACAAAUGGACUCGGAGGACUCCGCUCGGCUCUGCGCGCAGCGCAAACACAAUCAGUUCAUGAUCUUUGGCAAAAAGUAUCGCUACAUUGAGGUCUUCCAGUGCUCCGGCGAUGACAUGAACCAUGUGCUCAAUGGUGGGCUCGCCUCGCCGGUGGCGCCACCACCGCACGCCCAUUUGGCAGCUGCUGCCGCCGCCGCCGCCGCUGCCGCUGCUGCGGGCAAGCAGCCCUCUCUGCUCUCUCCGGGUAUGUUAGCUCAACCGCCGCCGCCACCCAGCGGCGCCCAGGGCCUCAGCUCUCAUUCCCACACACACGCACACUCACACACGCAUGCACACGCGCACACACACGCCGCCGCCGCCGCCGCUGCCGCUGCAGCCGCUCAUCAUGCACUUCAAACGUCGCCCAAUGCUGCAGCCGCCGCCGCCGCAGCUGCGGCCAUGCUGGGCGUACCCAACUCCCACUCCUCGCUAACGGGUGCCUCACCCAGCGGUCUCAGCUUCAUGUCGGCCCCACCCUCAUCCACUCUGACUUCGCCCGCUUCCCAUGCCACGCUCGGCUCGCUGCCCAGCAGCAGCCUCUCCCAAAGCGGCCUGUCCGCCGCCCACGCCGGCUACCCCUUCAAUCUGCAGCUGCCACCUGCACCGAACUCUGCGCUGCUCGCUCAGCAGCAAGCUCAGUACAUCGCCCAGCAAAGUCUCCUCGCUCGCCAGCAAGCCGCUCUGGUUGCCGAGCAGCAGCAGCAGCAGCAGCAGCAGCAGCAUCAGCAGCAGCUGUACGCUAAUGCGGCCAUGCUGCAGACCCAUCCGCUGUACAUGCAGCAUCCAGGCGCCCAGCCGCAGUACGUGCUCAUGCAGCAUCCGUAUCUGCAGCCCUUUCAGCUGGGCUACAUGCCCGCGACGGGCUAUCAGUUCAGAGGCGCCGCCUCCACUGGCGCCAGUGCGUCCACAGCGACGCAGUCAGCUGGCGCCGCAGCAGCCAGCGCCGCCAGCAACUCCGCGCUGGCUCUGCAGGCGCACUCCAUGAAGCGCUCCUAUGAGAACGCGUUCCAGCAAGAUCCGGCGAGCGUUGCCGCCGCUGCCAGCGCAGCCAAACGCGCGCUCACCCGCACGCCCGGCAGCGUCUACUCCUAUUACAAUCCCGGCAUUUAGGCUUCCAAUGCGCAGCGUGUGUGUGCGCGCACACAUACAUACAAACACACACAUACACACACAUUCCAGAUAAACUUGUUGUAGUAAAAUUUGUUGGGUUCAACUUUAGGCUAAGUUCGAAAAGAAAGUAAAUGAGAAAAUACUUUACGUUGCGAGCCGUAGCAUUUAAGCAAGUCUAAGGUCUAAGCAUAACUCACACACACACACACACAUACACAAACACACACAAACACACAACAUAAUGUGGGAUAAGCUAACAUAAUGUGUAUACGCCGGAUUAGAAACAAACACUCACUGUACUUAAUUGUUAAUUGCUGUAGUAGCAGAGCUAACACUACAAACUUGUGGUUGCUUGUAUGUGUGUGUGUGUGUGUGCGUGUUGCAUUUGUAUGUGUGUGUGUGUGUGUGCUUGAUCGCUAACAAUAGAGGCUAACAUCCUUCAAGAGCAGCGUCUAACUGACUUAAUUUUUAUUAUUGUUUACUUUCUAAGCCUACAAGUGCAAUCUAUAACUAAUCUUUAAGCACACACACCUACACAUAUACACACACACAUACAUACAUGUCUUUUUAUGCUGAAUGGCGGCGUCGUCAGGUGUUGGCUCCAUGCAACGAAUAUGAAAUUGUUUAAUUCUUUUAGUUUUUUUUUAAACAUUUUUUGCUAGCAAAACGAAAUUAUCAAUUUAGCUAUAAUUUAGUUGUUAAGAAAAUGUAAAAUUUAUUGGUUGGCCACUGCGACACGUACAUUAAUUAAUUGAAUUAAUUAACUAAGCACUUGAAAACUUUUCCUGUGUAUGUCUACGCUGCGUGCUAAUGCUAUAUAGCUAUAGCUAUAGAUCGUUCAAGCGCGCAGCUCUAACCACUCGACUCAUUAUAACUUUUUGAAACGAUUUAUAUUUUAAAUGUGCGUAACUGGUGUUAGUCGCAGCAUUGGAAUUACUUUAAUUAUCUAUAUAGUAUACAUAUAUAUAUUUAUGUGUGUGUGUGUGUUCUCUGUCAUCACU